GUUAUUAUUUAUUAAAGUUUGAAGUAUUUAUUUGAAGAUUCAAAUACUUAAAAACAUUUUAAAAUGUCUUUGGCUGAUGAAUUAUUAGCAGACUUAGAAGAAAAUGAUAAUGAUGAUUUACCACAAAUCAAAGAAGAAAUAAAAACUGAAGAAAUCCAGGAUGUUAUACCAAAUACAAUUGUACCGAUGGAAGUCGAUAUCAAAGAUGUUAAAAUAUCAUCGAUUCGACAAAUAGCAACGCUAAGGGAUUCAAAUCGUUUAUCAAAAAUAAUCAAACAAAUUGAAUUGUACAGUCGGAAGCCACGUAAAUCUGUGGAAAUAAUUGGACCGGUUGAAGCAGAUCCCGAAUAUCAAUUAAUUGUUGAAGCGAAUAAUAUUGCUGUGGAUAUCGAUACCGAAAUAAUGACUAUACAUCGAUUUGCACGUGAUAAAUAUCAGAAACGUUUUCCUGAACUGGAAUCGUUGGUUAUGGCACCGAUGGAUUACAUGAUGACGGUUAAAGAGUUAGGAAAUGAUUUAGAUCAAGCGAAAAAUAAUGAAAUUUUACAGAAGUUUUUAACGCAGGCUACAAUUAUGGUUGUAUCAGUUACAGCAUCAACGACUCAAGGAGUAAAUUUGAGUGAUGCCGAAAAGGAACAAUUGGAUGAAGCAUGUAAUAUGGCGAUUGAAUUAAAUAAUUAUAAACAGAAAAUUUAUGAAUAUGUAGAAAGUCGUAUGGCUUUUAUUGCACCGAAUUUAUCAAUAAUUGUUGGAGCAUCAACCGCAGCGAAAAUAAUGGGUGUUGCAGGUGGUUUAACGAAACUAUCGAAAAUGCCUGCAUGUAAUGUUUUAGUUCUGGGCCAACAGAAGAAAACUUUAUCGGGAUUCUCUCAAGUCACAAUGCUUCCACACACCGGAUUUAUAUAUUAUUCACAGAUUGUUCAAGAUACUCCUCCGGAUUUACGUCGAAAAGCUGCACGUUUAGUUGCAACAAAAAGUGUGUUAGCAGCCCGUGUGGAUGCGUGUCACGAGAGUAGCGAUGGACAAAUUGGACAAAUGUUACGUGACGAAAUUGAAAAGAAAUUAGAUAAAUUACAAGAACCACCGCCAGUUAAAUUUGUUAAACCAUUACCAAAACCAAUCGAAGCAAGUCGAAAGAAGCGAGGUGGUAAACGUGUACGAAAGAUGAAAGAACGUUAUGCUAUGACGGAAUUUAGAAAAAAUGCUAAUCGAUUGAAUUUCGCUGAUAUUGAAGAUGAUGCGUAUCAAGAGGACCUAGGAUAUACACGUGGAACAAUUGGUAAAGCAGGCACUGGUCGUAUUCGAUUACCACAAAUUGAUGAAAAAACUAAAGUUCGAAUAUCGAAAACAUUGCAAAAGAAUUUACAAAAAGCUAAUCAAUGGGGUGGUAGCACUACUGUUAAGAAACAAGUGUCUGGUACCGCUUCAAGUGUUGCCUUUACACCGUUACAAGGCUUAGAAAUUGUAAAUCCACAAGCGGCAGAGAAGAAAGUCAAUGAAGCCAAUGCAAAAUAUUUUUCAAAUACAUCCGGAUUCUUAAAGAUUGAGAAAACUUAGCAAUUUAAAUUUAUUUAAUUAAUAAAAUUAUAAAAAUAU